CUCUCUCUCUCAUGGGCAAAUCUCUUAUCAGUUCUUGUUUUCCCCUAAACCCUAGACGGCAAUCCACCAUAACACUCAUCUAUUGGAAAAACGGAUCCACCAAAACCCUAAAUGAAUCCAGAAAAUACGUCGCAGGGGAAGUCAUGUUCGAGUUUCCCGACCAGAUGGUGAGCCAUGCAGAUUCUUUCUUCAUCGGUCGUCCGAUCCUACCACUAGCCAUGGACGAUGUGCUGAUCAAAGGCGAAACAUACUUCGUCUUGCCCAUUGACCGGUUCGCUUACAAAACCCUAACCACGUCCUCUCUCUCCAUAUUCAAUCCCAACAACGCCGAACGAGAACGAGAACGAGAACGAGAACCAUUACAUCCGAAAUCCCCCGUGAAUUUCAUCACCCCCUCGAGUCCACCGCCUUUCGAGUAUUUUCAUGGCUUAAACGGAAAGGUACUGAUCAAAGUUUCCCCGAGCUUUAUCAUAAAUCUCAUAGGUAACAGCAGCAAUAAGGAGGACGAAGGGAAGAGCAGUGAUAUCUGUAAUACUCCGGAGUUGAAGAAGCAAUAUGUUCAGCUCGUAAGGUCGAAAGAACAAACAUGGUCGCCGAAGCUCGAGACGAUCUCAGAGCGAGAGAUCAGGACUUCCCCGUACGGCCGUUUAGGGUUUAAUCGGAAGCAGAACGAAAAGUUCGUGUUAUAGAAUUGUAUUGAAAUUUCUUCUUUAACCGUAGAUUUAUUUCCCGUUUGUGUAUGUGGUGAUUGUUUUGUUUCCUGAAUGCCUUCUCAUUGCUAAGAACAAGUUGUACAAAUUGAUUACUUUAUUGGCAUUGGUUGAAAUAAAAGAUAUUAA